AUGGUUGAUCAUCAUCGAAGAAGAAGCGCUUUGUUCUUGUUCUGUUUGUUACUGUUCCAUUGUGUUGCCAUUGCGAAACCACGCACUCAAUUCAACGAAUGGCUCACUCUAGUUCGUCUCAGGUCUUCUCUUGGACUCAAAGGAACAGACUGGCCAAUCAAAGGCGAUCCUUGCAACGUCUGGAGAGGGAUACAAUGUGAUGACAACGGAAGUAUCAUCGGGAUCAACAUCUCAGGUUUCAAAAGGACAAGACUCGGUAAGCAAAACCCACGUUUCGCUGUUGAUCCGCUCGUUAAUCUCACUCGCUUAGAGUAUUUCAACGCGUCUGGAUUGUCAUUACCUGGUUCUGUUCCUGAUUGGUUCGGUGUUAGCUUCUCCACGACACUGCGUGUCUUAGAUCUUAGUUCUUGUUCCGUGACUGGUGUUGUCCCCGUGACUCUCGGGAACCUCACUAGCUUGAUGAGUUUGAACCUGUCUCGUAACAGUCUUACCGGUUCGGUUCCAAACAGUUUAGGACAGUUGCUGAAUCUGACGGUUCUUGAUGUUUCUUCUAAUUACCUCACGGGUCCGAUCCCUCCUAGUGUUGGGAUGCUAUCGAAGCUUCUGUAUCUGAAUCUCUCAAGCAAUAGCUUCUCGUCUUUGAUUCCUCCUCAGCUUGGAGAUCUAAUCAAUCUUGUUGACCUUGAUCUCAGCAUCAACUCGUUGUCUGGUUCAGUUCCUAAGGAGUUUAGAAAGUUGACUAAUCUGGAAAACAUGGUGAUUAGUGAUAACCUCUUGAGUGGAGCUUUACCAGAUGGUUUGUUCAGUGCUAACAGCCAACUUCAGAGCUUAGUUCUGAGAGAGAAUGGGUUCUCAGGUACCCUCCCUGAUGAGUAUUGGUAUUUGCCUAAGUUACGCCUUCUCGACAUUGCUAAGAACAACGUCACAGGAAUGUUACCAAACUCUAGUUCUGGUCCAAACCAGGUCAAUGCAGUGGUCGAUAUCUCUUGGAACAAGUUCUACGGGGAGCUCACAGAGAUUCUUACUAGGUUCAGUACCGUGGAUCUCUCUGGUAACUACUUUGAAGGUAAGGUUCCAGAUUAUAUCCUUAGAGAAAACGCAUCUCUUACUAGAAACUGUCUUCAAAAUGAGAAGAGACAGAAGUCUUUAGAAGUUUGUUCAAAGUUCUACACAGCUAAAGGAUUAGACUUUGAUGAUUUCGGACGUUCCAAUACUACUUCGGAGAAGGCUUCUUCAGGGUUAAGCCACAGGACUGUUAUUAUAUUAGCAUCAGUUGGUGGAGGAAUUGGUUUUAUUCUUAUUUUCAUUCUCUUGCCUAUUCUUGUGGCUCUAUGCAUACGUCGAAGAGGGAGCAAUGAGAGGCCUAAACCUGUAGCUGAACUUUCUCAGCCACCUAAAGAAAGACAGAGUUUUGAUUUGUCACGUCUUGGGAACGCGUUUACUUAUGAGCAGCUUCUCCAAGCAACUGAGGAGUUCAAUGACGCCAAUCUGAUAAAACGUGGCCAUUCAGGGAGUUUGUUCCGUGGUUCAUUGGAUGAUGGAACAUCCAUUGUUAUUAAAAAGAUCGAUACCAAGGAAAGUAAAAACGAAGGGUAUGUAUCAGAGCUUGAGUUGUUUAGUAAAGGUGGACACCAGAGGCUGGUUUCAUUUCUUGGACAUUGUUUGGAGAAUGAGAGCCAGAAGGUGUUGUUGGUGUACAAGUAUAUGAGGAACGGAGAUUUGGGUAGCGCUUUGUUUAGGAAGUCAGACGAUGAAGGUGAGGAUGGAUUGAAGUCUUUGGAUUGGAUAACGAGGUUGAAGAUUGCUCUUGGUGCAGCUGAGGGACUAGCUUAUUUACAUCACGAGUGCUCACCACCUCUAGUUCAUAGGGAUGUACAAGCAAGUAGCAUACUUCUUGAUGAUAAAUUUGAGGUACGUCUUGGAAGCCUAAGCGAGGCAUAUGCACAAGGUGAUGCUUAUCAAAGCAGGAUUUCUCGUUUACUUCGGUUACCACAAUCGACUGAACCAUCCUCUUCAGGUGCAGCAAAUGCGACAUGCGCCUAUGAUGUCUACUGUUUUGGCAAAGUGUUACUUGAGCUAGUCACGGGGAAGCUCGGGAUCAGCUCGCCAGACAACGCAGAAGCAAAAGCAUACAUGGAGGAAGCUUUGAAAUACAUCAGCACAAACGAGAAGGAACUAGUGACCAAGAUCUUAGACCCGUCGUUAGUGGUGGACGAGGACCUUUUAGAAGAAGUAUGGGCAAUGGCUAUCAUCGCAAAGUCAUGCCUAAACCCAAAACCAAGGAGACGGCCAUUGAUGAGACACAUUGUGAACGCUCUUGAGAAUCCACUGAAAGUAGUGAGAGAGGAUACCAACUCGGGCUCAGGCUCGUUGAGAACAAACUCGUCAAGAGGGUCUUGGAACGCUGCUAUAUUUGGGAGCUGGAGGAAGAGUGCAUCGGAUGUAACAGCUGUUCAAGCUGGAGGAACAAGUGGUGGUGCUAACUCGGGGUCGCAAGGGAGCAGUGGAAGGAAUAAUAACAAUGGGAACUCAUCGUCGAGAAGAAGGCAGUCUAGUGAGAUAGUGCCAGAACCUUAUGGGGAAGAUGUAUAA